UAUAGCCUUCGUUUUCCCUUGGGUCGCCAUGGAGCCCUUCUGUCCGCUCCUGCUGGCCGGUGUUAGCCUGCCCCUGACCAAGGCUCUCAAGGGCAACGAGACCACCAGCGCGCAGGGCAACUGGACCUCCGCGACCGCAGGCCCUCCGGCCCCCGGCGCGCCGCAGCCCCUGCUGGCCUGGCUGCUGCUGCCCUUGCUGUUCUUCCUGCUCCUUGCGGCCUACUUCUUCAGGUUCAGGAAGCAGAGGAAGGCGGUGGUCAGCUCCAACGACAAGAAGAUGCCUAAUGGAAUCCUGGAAGAGCAAGAGCAGCAAAGGGUCAUGCUUCUCAGCAGGUCCCCCUCGGGGCCCAAGAAGUACUUUCCCAUCCCCGCGGGGCACCUGGAGGAGGAGAUCCGGGCCCGGUCUGCGGACGACUGCAAGAGGUUUCGAGAGGAGUUCAAUUCGCUGCCGUCUGGACACAUACAAGGAACUUUUGAACUGGCCAAUAAAGAAGAAAACAGAGAAAAAAACAGAUAUCCCAACAUCCUUCCCAAUGACCAUUCCAGGGUAACUUUAGGCCAGGUGGGCGGAGCCCCAUGCUCAGACUACAUCAACGCUUCAUACAUAGAUGGUUAUAAAGAGAAGAAUAAAUUCAUAGCAGCUCAAGGCCCUAAACAGGAGACAGUGAAUGACUUCUGGAGAAUGAUCUGGGAGCAGAAGUCUGCAACCAUCGUCAUGUUGACGAACCUGAAAGAAAGAAAAGAGGACAAGUGCUAUCAGUACUGGCCGGACCAGGGCUGCUGGACCUACGGAAGCAUCCGGGUGUGUGUGGAGGACUGCGUGGUCCUGGUGGACUACACCAUCCGGAAGUUCUGCAUUCAGUCCCUCCCCGACGGCUGCAAAGCCCCUCGGCUCGUCUGCCAGCUGCACUUCACCAGCUGGCCCGACUUCGGAGUGCCUUUCACGCCCAUCGGGAUGCUCAAGUUCCUGAAAAAAGUGAGGACGCUGAACCCCACGCACGCCGGGCCCAUAGUGGUCCACUGUAGCGCGGGCGUGGGCCGGACGGGCACCUUCAUAGUGAUCGAUGCCAUGAUGGACAUGCUGCACGCCGAGCACAAGGUGGAUGUCUUUGACUUCGUGUCCAGAAUCCGCAACCAGCGGCCUCAGAUGGUUCAGACGGACAUGCAGUACACGUUCAUCUACCAAGCCUUACUGGAGUACUACCUCUACGGGGACACCGAGCUGGACGUGUCCUCCCUGGAGAAGCACCUGCAGACGCUGCAGGGCACCGCCACCCACUUCGACAAGGUCGGGCUGGAGGAGGAGUUCAGGAAACUGACGAACGUCCGGAUCAUGAAGGAGAACAUGAGGACGGGCAACCUGCCGGCCAACAUGAAGAAGGCCAGGGUCAUCCAGAUCAUCCCGUAUGACUUCAACCGCGUCAUCCUUUCCAUGAAAAGGGGCCAGGAGUACACGGAUUACAUCAACGCGUCCUUUAUAGACGGCUACCGGCGGAAGGACUGCUUCAUCGCCACCCAGGGGCCCCUGGCGCACACAGCGGAGGACUUCUGGAGGAUGGUCUGGGAGCGGGAGUGCCACACGAUCGUGAUGCUGACCGAGGUCCGGGAGAGAGAGCAGGAUAAAUGCUACCAGUAUUGGCCGACAGAGGGCUCAGUGACUCACGGAGAAAUAACGAUCGAAAUAAAGAGCGAUACCCUUUCUGAAGCCAUCAGUAUACGAGACUUCCUGGUCACUUUCAAUCAGACCCUGGCCCGGCAGGAGGAGCAGACCCGGGUGGUGCGACAGUUCCACUUCCACGGCUGGCCGGAGAUCGGGAUCCCCGCCGAGGGCAAAGGCAUGAUCGAGCUCAUUGCGGCCGUGCAAAAGCAGCAGCAGCAGACGGGUGAUCACCCCAUCACCGUGCACUGCAGUGCUGGAGCUGGGCGCACAGGGACUUUCAUAGCACUCAGCAACAUUCUGGAACGGGUCAAAGCUGAGGGACUCUUAGACGUAUUCCAAGCUGUGAAGAGUUUACGACUUCAGAGGCCACAUAUGGUGCAAACCCUGGAACAGUAUGAAUUCUGCUACAAAGUGGUACAAGAUUUUAUCGAUAUAUUUUCUGAUUAUGCUAAUUUCAAAUGAAAAUUCCUGCCUUAAAAUAUUUUUUAAUUUAAUGGUCAGUAUAUUUUGUAAAAAUCAUGUUAAUUUAUUUCAUAGUUGACAUGAAUAUGCUCCUAAUUUCUUUGUAUAUAUUUUGUUAUGCUUCAAAGGCCACCUGCUGUAAAGUUAUUAAAUCUUAAAUACCCCUUUUAAAAACUGGAAUAAUGUAUUAAGGUCAAAUAAUAGUCCAUAAAAUAUAUAUUUCUGCUAAUAUCA